AUGGAGGUGCCAGAGCCGCUGCUUGAACCUCCGAAGCCAGUGCCUCCGAAGAGGGAGGUCCCAGAGUCAGUGCCCGUCGUCGAGGCCCCGAACACGAAUGCAGAGGUCGCCGGAGAGCCGCUGGAGUCAGGGCCAGAACCGCUUCCGGCACCAAAAAUACUGUUGCCAGUGCUCCCGGCCCCGAAGAUGGAGGUGCCGGUGCCAGUCGAGGAUCCUCCGAACAAGGAGUUCGCACCCGUGGAGCCAAAGAUGUUGGUGGAGGCCGUGCUACCGCCGGAAGCAGGGGUACCAAAAAGACCGGAGCCAGAAGUUGCCGGCUUGUCAAACAGGGAGGAUCCAGAAGACCCAAAGAUCGACUUGCCUUCCUCAGGCUUCUCUGUCUUCUCGCCAAAGAGCGACCCAACCGAUCCGCUGCCAGACCACGCAGCUCCGAAAAUUGAGCCGCCGGAGGAGGCACCGAAGAGCGGCGCGGGCGCGCUGCCCCCUCCCUCUGAGCCUCCUGAGGCGGGCGUGCCCCAGAGAGAGCUCCCUGAACUCGGUGUGCCAAAGAUAGAAGCGCCCCCUGAGCCUCCGGAAGCCGCGGUCCAGAGGGCACCCCCUGAAUUCGGGGCCGGCAUCAGAGAGGUGUUGUUGUCCGACCCGAAGAUGGAUUCCGUCGUUCCGCCGAACAGGUUGGGAACGCCUGGUCGAGACUGGAUGGGGUAUGGCAUGGCCGUUUUCGAUACAAAUCCGUAA